UAUGAGCCACACUAGUAUAUGUUUCAGUGAAGCGUCGCCAUUAACUGCUACGCAAUACAAGGCGGAAACAAAAUGUGUGCGUUUUAUUUGAGUCGGAAGUAGAGGUUCCGUCAGAACGUCACAUUCACGUUCCCAAGGGGGAAAUUAAUUAUAUGCGAGCAGUACUGAACUUGUUGCGGUUGUUUAAAUGAGCAGUGUUCCCCGACCCCCGGUCAGACGGACGAGAUCUGACGUGAAGGAGUACACACCACCGGGGCCGCGGACCAUGGCCAACAAUCAGCCGAGCGCGGGACCGAGCAUGGGUCACGGUUUCUUGAAGAAUUGGACUCCGCCUCCGGAGAACCAUAUGCCUCCAGGCUAUUCCGUUUAUAAGGAGAGGCGGGAACAACCCGACCCAGAGCCCCCGGGUCCUCCCAAGCCUCCGGAGGAGUUCCCCGCCAAGCUGACUCUCAAGUUGGAGGCCGAGGAUAGGGACACGGACCUGGCCCGGAUCUGCAGCGAUGCCCUGCAUGAGCUGCCGCAGAUGGUCAAGGUUGGGGAGAAGUUCUCGGUGAAAGGGAACGACGUGCAGUUGGAGAAGGGAGAAUCGCUGUUGCUUCUCUUCGUAGCGGAGCUACCUCGGGUGCAUGCCGUGGAUACUACGAAUGGGAAAGAAGUAUGGCUACCUGUGCACGCCGAACAGUUGUACGAGACACUUCCGAUAGAUCCUCGUCUGGAUGACAAACUAUACACGGGGGUCACUGCCAUGAUGAACAGCAACCCCAUGCCGUGUAUAGUACGCGUACUGGAGGGCUAUGGGUCUGAUGACUACACAGAAUGCGUGGAUCAAGAGGACGUCAUACGCCUCAGCCACAUCGAGGAGAAAGUUCGAAGAUAUAGCAAAGAAAGAAUUCUGAUUGCGCAAAAUCAGAUAGGUCACCGACUUGAGCUCCACAAAGACAUGGAUUGUGCCCACUUCACCACUAUGAUGUCCGCACUGUUCCUGCACAUGUCCGAACUCACUGGGCUGCCUUUCCCACAGCGAGUGCGCGUAGUUGAGGAAACCAACUUUGAGAAGCGCAAACCCAAGGAAGAGAAGGUCUUCAAGUUGUUGUCUUUUAAGAAUGACCUGCAGGUGAUUGCCACGCGAUCCAGGAAGCCAGGCCUGCUCUCAAUUCCACUCUCUGUGCCUAUUUCCCUCCACACAACUUCUUUCAAGGACAAGACUGUCCAAUCCUGUCUUCCGCCCUUGUUUCCCCCUGUCAAUCUCACCUGGGGUGUCCGGGAGUUCGGCAGGCCCACUCUGCCCGAACCGCUCAGAGAAAUUAGCCAGCCCCUACCCGAACCACUCCGUGGAUGGCUGGAAAGCUUUGAAGGAAAGGAGCGUAUUUGCAAAGUGGCCAAAGUCUCCAAGGAAGACUUGAUAAGGGAUCUCAAGGAGAUGACCAACUACACCAAGGACCUGACCAACAGAAUUGCCUUCCUGGAUCAGGUCGACAAACCACUCAUCCCGACUCGUGACAAGCCUGUGGCACCGCCAAGACCCACUUCCAAACCGUUAACGUACAGGUCUCUCCCUCCAAAACCUGUAAAGCCUGUUGUUUGUUCCCCAAAGCCCACCCAUAAGGCCAGCCCUAAGCCCAGCCCUAAGCCCAGCCCUAAGCCCAGCCCUAAGCCCAAACCUCGUAGCUUCUCUUCACCGGAGCAGCCCAGUGACUCCUUGUUGAACAAGCGUAGAGUCAGUACUGGUGAUGGUUAUGAGGUUCCUGAUGUAUUUGCAGGCAGUGAUAUAGAGGAGGAGGAAGGUGAUGAAUAUGAAGUUGUAUCAGAUGUAAUGGACCCUACAAAACCUCUGGAUGUAACCAGUCAAGAGCUGAAGAACAUACUGCAACGGAAGGAAAAGAAAAUAGCCACACUGAAGGAAGAAAAUGAACAACUGAAGGAGAAAUGCGAGAAACUCGAAAAAGAAAAGGAGGAGAUACGAGUGUCCAACUUCAGAAACAUUGAUGAGAUCAACCGGCUUCAGGCUGAGAUUGAUCGUGUGUUGGCCAAAAACGAUGGCGACAUUUACGACUUCAUUUCCCCCACCGAGAGGCCCCUACCAACCCUGCCCAGUAGUCCCAAUGCGGUCAUCUAUAACAGCCCUCACGAUCUGCUGUCCGAGAAGGUCUUGAUGUCUCGCGCCGACAUUGAAGGUGUGUCAGACAUACUGCGGCAGCUCAACUUGGGUAAGUACGUGGAGAAGUUCAGAGAAGAAGCGGUGGACGGUGCAUUACUGGUCACUCUUGACGAUUCAGUUUUGAAGGAGGAUUUGGGAAUGACCGGCUUACAUGCACGUAAGUUACUGUUGGAGGUUAAGAAAUAUACAAAAUAGCCUGCUUGAGGGGUUACGCAUUUUUCGGGUUACUUUUUUUUUGUGGAAAUGAUUUCAUUUGAAAUUGUCAUAAAAUUUUGUUCAUUGCGGUACACUUUGCUAAAUAGUCAGUGAAUAUUUAAGAAACAUUAUCACAUAAAUGCUUCCUUUCAGGUGGUUAUGCAGGGUUAGGAGUUUACUCAACAAGAGAGGGGUUAUUAUUUUUGGAGGGGUUGAGCUUAGCAUUAAGGUCAGUUAUCAAGCGUCAGCAGAAACCUGCAAUUAAAUUGUUAAUGCCUUAGGAAAAUAUAUAUACAGGGUGGACCCCAAAAAAUGCAACCCUAAAGCAUUUGCCUUUUAAUAAACAAAGGGAUCGUUAAAGCUGAGAGCUUUUUC